GGGGGCUAAAGAGUGAAGUCUGGUCAAUGUAAAAAUGUCUCGAACUUCUCUUCAAGUUUGAAGUUGUUGAAAGGGUAAGUGGAAGGGCGAGUGAUCACAGCAUCAUUUGCUUUAUCAUAGUUGUCACCUCUGUAGCUGCCCGGGUACUCAACUUUGCUUCACUUUAUAAACAAAUAAUCUCGUAUCCAUCCUGAUUUGUCCUCCCAUGUAUUUUACCACAUUACUUUACACGUUGAUGAGCUAAGAUUUCUUUCCAUUCUCCAAUUUCGAUUCUUUGCUUUGCACACCUCUCUGCCUUGCAAACGCAUGUGAAAUGGCGCAAACUACCAAUCCCACUUCCAGCUCUGGCUCGGAGACUCAUUGGUUCGAAAACGUAGUCGUACUUGAUCUGGAUCUCGAAGGACAAGAAGUCCAAAAACAACCCGUUGUAGAUGCUCAAUCUACUCCAGCGCGCAUCACCCGCUCUCAAUCUCUUACCCGCCUAGGCAUCCAGCAGGAGUUCACACACCCAAAUUCGCAUUCAAAGACCACAGAAGCUGACAUCGUCGAGUUUGAUGGCGCUGAUGAUGCUUAUCAACCUCUGAAUUGGCCCUUCAGAAAGAAGCUGGUCACCACAUUUGUCUAUGGCUUAUUCACUAUGACCUCGACCUGGGCAAGUUCUGUGUACAGUCCUGCUAUUGAUCAAGUCGCAGCUGAAUUCAAUGUUGCACCUGAGGUCAGCCUACUGGGCGUAAGUUUCUUGCUACUAGGAUUUGGGUUUGGUCCUCUACUUUGGGCUCCUCUUUCAGAAAUUUAUGGCAGAAAGGCUGCAGUCUUAACCCCAGUUUUCAUAUCAGCAUGCUUUUCAUUUGGUUCUGCCACAGCAAAAGACAUCCAGACGCUGCUCUUGACACGAUUCUUUGCUGGCAUCUUCGGAGCUGCUCCUGUAACAAAUACUGGAGGCGUUCUCUCUGAUAUCUGGGCACCCCAAUCGCGAGGAACGGCUAUAGUCGGGUAUGCAUUUGCUGUUGUUGGAGGUCCAACCAUGGGUCCCAUUGUGGGAGGUGCCAUUACAUCAAGCUAUCUAGGAUGGAGAUGGACAGAAUAUAUAACCGGAAUCAUGCAAAUGGCAGUCUUAAUCAUUGGUGCUAUUGUACUUAACGAAACCUAUCCAGAUGCACUCCUGGUCGCCAAGGCACGUCGUCUCCGUCACGAUACUGGAAACUGGGCUUUACAUGCUAGACACGAAGAGCGCAAUUUCAGCUUUAGAGAGAUGGUAAACAAGUUCUUGAUGCGACCCUUUCGUUUACUGGGUACCCCGAUCUGUUUUCUCAUGGUUUUGUAUGCUUCGUUUGUUUACGGAAUUCUCUAUUUGUGUCUGGCUGCGAUUCCUGUACAAUUUGCAUUGGCUAGAAGUUACGGACCUGUGACUUCAGAGCUUCCAUUUCUUGCGCUUCUCCUGGGUACAAUUUUCGGCGGCACUGCAAACAUUCUCAACAACAAGUUCUAUACCCGCAGGUUUGAAGCAAAUGACAACCAACCCGUCCCCGAAGCUCGCCUCCCUCCAAUGAUGAUCGGCAGUAUAUUCUUCGCAGCAGGCCUCUUCAUCUUCGGCUGGACAUCCUCCCCCAAUAUUCAUUGGGUAGCUCCAUGUAUCGGCCUCGUAUUCAUGGGAUUUGGCUUCUUUACCAUUUUCCAAUCUGCGCUGAACUACCUCAUCGACACUUUCUCCUCAUGUGCAGCAAGUGCGGUUGCGGCCCAAACAUUUGUACGAGCCAUCUUUGCUGCUUUGUUUCCCCUGUUUGUCACUCCGAUGUUUCAGAAUUUGGGUAUCGAAUGGGGAAGUAGUGUGCUGGGUUUUGUAGCAGCUGCGCUUAUACCCAUUCCGUUCUUGUUUUAUGUCUAUGGUAAGGGGAUUAGAAUGAAGGGUAAAUUCACCACCAAGUAGCUUGUGUGAGCGCAUUCGCUAUACUACGAUGAUGGAGAAUGUUUGCUCGAAAGUUGUCAUUACUUGAUUGAUUAUAGUUGAAAAUUUGGUGUUCUAUAGAUACUUGAUUCAUUUUAAAUAAAUUCCCAGACAGUUUGACCGAUUAUGGAUGAGAGUCUGGCGCUCUAUAGAUACUUGUCUCAUCAGUAUGGAAAAGCUUGAUUGCACGCUAGCAAAAGAGGCAUAGGAUCUCCAGGGUAUAAGAAUAGAACUCAUAAAAGACAUUCAAACUCUCCA